AUGGCAGUUGUUGGCAAUCUUCUGAUGGCCGUUGAUGAAGGCCGGGCGCAUAAGUUCAAAGGCAAAAACCCAAGAAACAUCCAGUUAGCAGAUAAAAAAAUCACAAUCCAGUUCGUAUACGAAAAAGAUCUCGUUUCCAAAUAUGGGGUCUCUAAAAUGAAUAUGAAAGGUAUAUAAGGAUGCAUCGGCAAAUGAAACCAGAAACUGACGUUUGCAUGGAGUUAGUUGAGGUUCGCAUGACACAUCACUGGCUUUAAAAUAAUAGCAAGCUACUUUUAUCUGACUUAGAUAAUAUUAGAGCCAGCAUUACUACAGUGAAUAGACUGAGACUGUAAAUUUUUAACCAAUUGAAUUUUUUUUGCUAGACUUUGGCCGAGUUGACGAUGACUCACCUGAUGAUAGCAUGGAAACCAGAGAUGAACGCGGUAUGUAUUGUAAUUAGUUAAUUGAAUUUUGUGUCGAGAUAGGAAAAGUACGGAUGGAGAAAUUCAAAACCUGUUUAUUUUAAAAAUAUUGCUUUGUUAGAAUAAUUUUUAUUAUUUUUAAAAAAGGUGGAUCAUCUUCUCAAAUGACACAGAUUCCAGGCACGUCAAGGGAAAAAUCAAGUAAGUUUGCUUUAUGGAAAAAUAACUACAUGACACUCCGUUUCAAUCAAAACUUUGCCAUUGUAUGUGUGGUGUUUUGAUUCAAUAAAAGGUUGAAUUUAACAACAGACAUCAGUUUUUAGAGUGAAGAAACCUUGAGGGAAUUAUUUUAUUGGGAUUAUCACAUCUCAUCGCACAUUUUCAAUACUAACCAAAGAUUUUUCUCUUCAGAAACGUCGCAUUAUCCACCAAGUGAAUCAGAAGAAAUAGAUGACACAGAUUCUACUUCAG